AUGGCCUCGACAGCUCGACCGAGCUCUAAAAAUGGCUCAAGUGAACUUCCGGGCAGAAUAGAGCCAUCCCCCACCCCCGAACUCGAUAUCAAGAAACUCCAAUCGCUCCCAUCAGAACAACAAGACCUAUACCUCCUUAAUUUUGCCUCGACUCUCACAAGACAUGUGGAAAGCCUGGAACCAGACGACUGCACCGCGCAACAGCUUUACCUCAAGAAAGAACUCUUUCAGAUACUCAAUCUCGCAGCUCCCCCUCCAACCAGAGUGAUUCGAAAUAAUUUGGGACGAUGCUUCGCGCAUGUGCUAGGGAAGGGGGAUAGGAAGCUGCUCUUCGAAACUAUAAAUGAUCUGGUUACCAUAGUCAGUAGUGGAAAGACAAAAACCGAGGGGGAUUUUAGGACGAAGCAUGCGGCUGCUUACUGUUUAGGGGAUGUCUUCGCAGCCGCUGGAGACAGCGCAAUUGGACUACAUCCUUUGGCAUGCAGUGCAUUGUUGAAACUGUUAAAGUCCGCGCAAAACAAUGCGGGUCUACGAGCGGCGAUAUUCAAGGCUUCGAGCAAGAUUGUUGGAAUGGUUGCGACAAGUAUGGACGACACAAUCGCAAAGGAUGUAUGGAAACAAGCCAGAAGUUAUGCUUCAAGUGAAAAGUCGGCACUGGUACAGAUUGCUGCGUGUAGGUGCUUGAAGAGUCUGUGGAAAUAUACACAGUAUUACGAUAAUUCGAGCGAUUUCGAAAGUCUCAAGUCAACAAUUUUCAAGACCAUAGAUUCGCCCAGCGCAUUGGUUCGACAGGCCGCAGCAGAGUGCUUGGCAGAGGCAUUGGUGAAGAGUCACUCGGAAGAACCCCCUCGGGAUAACGAUAUGCCUAUGAUUAAAAAGAUCAAAAGGGCGAAUACUAAUAAACGUUCAUCUGUAAUAGCUGGUCCCGGGCUCGAUGAUGAUGACCUACCCUCGAGGCCCGGGACUCCUACUAGCAACAAAAAGAGCCAAAUACUCACCCUUUCGCUACAGGAAAUGCUGAAAGUGUUGUCGAAUCAGUACAUCAAAAUAUCUACAACUAAUAAAGCCCGAGCUGGAAUAGCUGUCUGCUAUAGUCGGAUAUUUAAGAGUAUGAGUGAGAGAACUGUCGAAAUGAUGUAUUUGCAGAUAGUGGACCAUCUGACCGUGGAGCUUCUGAGCCAUGCAAACAUCACCUGUAAUAGGUAUCGUUUGUUGAGUACACGCAAGUUCGUGCAAAUCAUCCUCGAAGAUGUGGUCGGUCAAUCCAUACUCGGCGAAUCUGGACAAUUGGACGCUGCAAAGGCUCUAGUAAAUGAUAUCCUGAGAAAUUACCCUCAGGUCAUCAAGGAAAGAGCCGAGCCUUCAAAACAUACACUCAUCGCCACACUGAGCGCAUUGGCAUCCUUGAUUAAGACUUUGGGAUCUGCAGCGAAUGUGAUUGCCGAAGGUUGUCGAGAUGGACUGUUACAGGUUCUUCAGCAUCCAAGUUACACGGUCCAAAUUUAUACUUCAUACUGUUUGCGGGCAUUCACGUUGGCUUGUCCGCAGCAAUUAUUACCAUGCCUUACAAUUUGCAUGAAUAGUGUCAAUCGAGAAUUAAACUUAUUGAAUACUGGAAGAAACUCACCAAGACGAUGUGUUGGAUAUGCCAACGGACUGUCUGCUAUGAUUAGCACAGCAAACUUACAGCCACUUUAUGGCUCAGUAGAUGUCAACAGCCGUGUGCUUUCUCUCGCGACUAGUCUUCUCAAGUCUAGUAGCAAGUCAGAAUUACGCAUCUCAAGCACCCAGGUUCAAGUAGCAUGGAUACUUAUAGGCGGGUUGAUGUCUCUGGGUCCAAAUUUUGUAAAGAUCCACCUCUCCCAAUUACUUUUACUAUGGAAAAAUGCGUUGCCGAAGCCUCUCGCAAAGGACAAUACUUCUCAGCGAAGCUUCCUCGAAUCUUCCUUCCUCACUCAUGUUAGAGAGUGUGCACUUGGUUCCAUCUUGGCGUUUUUGCAAUUCAACAGCCGCCUCCUUACUGCGGAUGUCUCCAAGCGAAUUGCUGCUAUGCUUACAAAUACCUCGGCCUUUUUGAAGAGUCUCCCAUCCAAAAAAUUGUCGGAUGAUGUUACACAAAGGUUGACUCCAUCAUUGCAACUGCAGGAUCUGGAUUUGAUGGUCCAGCGUCGUGUUCUUCAAUGUUAUGCAAGGCUAGUUACUCUUAGUCCAGUUGGUGGAAGUGAAGCACUAUUACAAUCAAAUCUUCUUACGCUUGCUGUAUCAUUCUUCGCCGAUCCUGAAAACUACAGUCCGAGUUCAUUGUCUUCGUCGAUUGCGAGCUCGGCCGGUAACUUCGAGACCGUGUGGGAUGUCGGAGAUAAUUCUGGAUUUGGGGUCACAGGACUCGUUCGAGGCUUCAAUGUUCAGAAAUUGGCUUCUGAACAGGAAAAUGGAUCUCAGGAUGACUGGGUAAAGGAAACAGGGUCAGAUAUUGACAUAUCAAGCGUACUGCUGUCCCCAAUUUGCAGCUCGCUUGAGCAUGACUCCAUUUCACUGUACUUGGGCAAUAUUGAGAGAGGAAAUAUUCUACCAGACCCGCCGGCCACGGAAGUCGUCAAUAUCGCUAUCAGAUUGUUCGCAAUCGCUUUCCCGAUUACACCUCCAAAGAUUCAGGAAAGCAUACUGGAACAAAUCGCCACGUUCUUAUCUACAGGUGCGCUUCAACGAGAUCCUGGACGAAAGGCUGCGAUAAAUGUCAAUAUUGCAACUGCACUCUUUUCCGCGCUCAAGGUGGCUGUGAAAGAGACAUCAUCCCCUCCUGGUGACCUUACCAACUCUGCUGUGGAGAAGCUUAUGCAAGAAAUGUUGCGAUCUUUCGUUGUUCAUCACGACCAAUAUGUACGUAACAUCGGCUACGAAUCACUAGCCCGACUCUGUAACAGCUCUGGUAAUACGUAUACCAAUCUGGAAAUCAAAUACCUUAUUGAUACUAUUGUGAGCAACCGUGAGCCAAGUGCAAGAGCUGGUUGUGCAAUGGCAUUGGGGUGUAUUCAUUCCCAAGUCGGGGGUAUGGCGGCAGGCUUUCACCUGAAGACUAUCUUGGGUAUAUUGAUGUCUUUAUGCAAUGAUCCACAUCCAACUGUUCAUAUUUGGGCGCUGGAGUCGCUGUCGCGUGUUGCAGAUUCAGCUGGGCUCACAUUUUCGGGAUAUGUGUCGAGUACACUUGGUAUGUUGUGCCAGUUGUAUGUUUCAGAUACACACAACGAGGAAAUCUCUUCAUUGGCGACUUCGAAUCUGGAAUUGGAGCUAUCUACUACUGCCGUUAUUGCGCGUUGUAUCGAUUCGUUGGUCAAUGUUCUUGGCCCUGAUCUUCAAGAUAUGACCAAAGCGAGAGAUUUGAUACUUACUAUGGUAGCUCAGUUCGGGGAAGAGGAGAAUAUUCUAGUUCUGGCCGGAAGCCUGAAGUGUCAGGAACAUCUAGCUUUAUAUGCUCCAGGUCACAUGGAUUUCGUCGAGUAUGUCGUUCUUCUCCAGAAAGAUCUCAAAUCGGACAUAUCAUUACUAAGAGACAUUGCGAUUGACGGUUUAUAUAACCUCAUGAAGCGCAAUUCGGAAGACGUCGUCAAAGCCGCUGAGGCUGGGUUUGAAGAUCAGCUGUGGCUGGCUUUGGAUUCAGAUCCUGCACAUGAUGGUAUUAGAAAUGUUAUCCGAAAUUGGUUGCAACAAUCCUGUUUGACUGAAACCCCACGAUGGCUGCAAAGAUGCCAGACUGUCCUAUCGAUGACAAGACCCAAAGCAGAAGAUUCCACGGCCAUAUCUACAAAAGUCGGUGCUCUGCCUGAUCUUCAGGACGAAGAAGUAGCAGGCUUCGCAGCUGCUUCUGGCAUGACCAAAGAUACAAGCACCCCAGCCGCUGGUCAGGAACCACUUAGGUGGCAAGUUCGAACUUUCGCCAUGAGCUGUUUGGGAGAAAUCUUCGCAUUGGUCAGCAAGGAUCUAGCAGCUAACGGUAGCUCAUCUGCGGAAGUUGCGCUGCAGAAAAGGGCAGCAGAUGUUAUUCGAAUGGCAUUUUCUGCUUCUACGUCUAACGUUGUGGAACUCCGAGUUUGGGGUCUAAAGAUAAUUGAUGCAGUUCUAAAGAUGUUCGGUCACACACCAGAUCCCGAUUUUGCUGAAGCUCCUCUUCUGGAACAAUACCAGGCUCAAAUUAGUUCUGCUCUGACCCCAGCUUUCGCCGCUGAUUCUUCGCCUGAAUUGGCUUCCGAGGCCGUUAACGUUUGCGCUGCCUUCAUCGCGACUGGUAUUGUUACUGAUGUCGAUCGGAUGGGUCGUAUUCUUAAAACUCUAGUUACAGCGUUGGAGAAUUUCUCGACAGAAUCUGAAGUUGCGUCGAUUGGAGAUCUCAAAGGUCUCAGCUCCAAUGCUCAAGUCAUGGUCAAAAUGGCAGUGUUCUCUGCCUGGGCUGAGUUACAAGUAGCUAGUACGGAACAGAAGUAUCUUGUGAAUGUCCUGAAGCCAUACAUUGGUACAUUGACUCCUCUGUGGCUUGCAUCGCUGAGAGAAUUUGCUCGUUUGAGAUUUGAGCCAGACAUUUCCAUGAGCUUAGGUCCUCCAUCUUUGUCGGGCAGUUUGGAUAGCAUUUACUCUGCCUUGAACCGAGAGACUCUGUUACGAUUCUAUCAAGAUUCAUGGCUCAAGCUUGUUGACGCUAUCGCUAGUCUUAUUGAGCAGGAUAGCGAAUUCGUCUUCAAUGCCCUUGAUGGUAAGGAAGCUGAUGCCCCCGCAACGAAUGGAAAUUCCAAAGGGAAUGAUAUUAAUUACCGAGAUGAACCAGUCGCAUUCUUCUUCGUUCUAUUCGGCAUUGCAUUUGAAGCUCUCGUUGCCAAACCCGGAAGCGAGGCUCUGGCAUCGAAAGGACAAACCCUCGAGAUCUUACAGGCUUUGAAGAAAAUCUUGCAUCCUAGUGUAUCUGGCCACGCGAUUUACCGAGAGGCCAUUUUCUCGGAAACGAUGGAUUUGCUAGAUCGCCUUGUUCUCACUGAAGGCCUCGAUGUUCAAACAGUUAUCGUCCAAAUUGCGAGAAGCUUGUGUAUUUCCCAUCCGUCCGCUACCAAGGCAGACGUUGCCGAGGGUGAGGAAUUGUCGGAAGAUAUUGAACAGCUAUUCGAGCUGACAAGGAUUAUUGUUUUGGUACUUGCUGGCCUUCUACCAAAUUUAAUUGAAGCACAGCAACCUGCUCGCCACCAAUUAACCGAGGAAGCUGUAUCCCUUGUUAGAGUAUCUCUUAAUGCAUUAGUCGAUGCUGCCGAAGUGUUCCCGUCGAUAAUCAAAACAGAUCUGCAUGCUUGCAUCAUUCACAUAUUCGCUACUAUUCUCGGGACAGGAAGUUGCCAAGCUGUGGUCGUUCCUCAAUCGCUCCCGAUACUCAAACGAUUUAUCACGAGUGUCUCAGCAUCAUACAAAACACAGAAUCCUAAACACAACACCAGCAUUAUACAAUUACAAGGCUGUCUCAAACGAUUCCUCUCUAUAUAUAUGAAUGCCCAAAAACGAGAAACAGAAGUAUCUCUACCAUGUGUUAAGAACACCCUUCUCGCUUCCACAUUAUUACUUACUAGUGGGACAAACUACUUGUCCGCCAGCGAACCACUUGUCACUCGAUUCCUCGAUGAAGUCGUAGAUUGUCUCAGUGAUCGAAUGACCGCAAAAGUAGCAGCAAACUGCGUUCGCAGUCUUCUCCUCACAACAUCGAAAACGCCUGCCGAUCAAAGCAUCGCACGCUAUCUCUUACCUCUCCUCAUCACCUUCAGCAUCAAUACCGCAACCGAAGACCCCGAAAACGCCCGCGCCUUAACACUGCAUGCUCUAACGACAUUCGUCAUUUCACUCGAAGGCAAACAGAGAGCAGUAGCUAUGUCGGUAGUCAUACCCACAUUAUUGAAACGCGCCAGUGGUGAUGGAGAGAAAGUAUGGAGAGAAACAAAUGCGAGAUUGCUAGAGAUGGCGGCGGCUGAUGCGACGGCUUUUAGGGCCGUGGUUGGUGGGAUGACGACUGAGCAGAAGGGGUUUAUGGAGGGGGUGCUAGUUAAGGGGAGAGAGAGUGGGGGUGGAAGUGGGAGGGGGAGGGUGGAUGGUGUGGAUGAGGGGGGAAGGGAACCGAGCAUUGCGUUGAGAAUGGAUUUUGGUGGGUAA